CACCAUUGCAGUCCAGCCAGUCAGCCGUUGGCAGUCAGCGGCGCUUCGUGUGUUGCGCGAUACACGCUUCGUUCCCCGCACACCGUAACUUACAUUCGUUCGAAAUUAACUCACAUCGCGAGUGACUGUUGAAGUUUUUGUUUGUGAAAAUUUUCAAGAAUUGUUACAUGGAUGCGUAUGGUGAUUACCGACAGUGAUUGUGUCAUCAGUUUUGUGUACAAAUAAAUAGUGUAUUGUUGUAGAAGCCGGUUCACCUCGUGUGCGAGGCCGGUCGAGUGCCGGUCGCCAGUGCCUGUGCGCCUUCGAUCUGUGCUUUCUAAACGAAUCUUGCCCGACCGAUAACUGUAGCUCGCCUACAUGGUCCAACGAUACCCAUACCUACAUUUUUUGGAUAGUGCAUAACAGGUAUGAGAGGCAGCUGACAGGUGGUGUGGCCGCCGCCUCGGCGCCUCCACCGCGGCCGGCAGCGCGCCACCACGCCGUGGCCGACGGCCGACGCUGCUCUAUGAGAAUAAUAAUACUUAGUGGAAGAUGCUGGGCGCAAAGGCGUGGCUCGUGCUGGCGGCGGUGGCGUGGUGCGCCCGCGCGGGGCCCGGCCCGCCCGCCGCCGCCGCCGCCGCCGCCCGCCUGCACUUCCAGGCGCCGCUGUACAACCUGAGCAUUCCAGAGAACAGUCCGCCGCGCACGUACGCGCAGCAACCGCCCGCCGACGAGCCGCUCGGCGUGCACCUGCCCGCCGCCGGUGCGCGCUGUCGCUUCAGGAUACGGCACGGCGACAAAGAUAAAUUUUUUAAAGCAGAAGAACGCAUCGUUGGCGACUUUUGCUUUCUUUCUAUACGUACGCGUGCCGGUCACGCUGACGUCCUCAACCGCGAGCGCCGUGAUUUGUAUCGCCUCGAAGUACACGCGACAGUCACUUUGCCCUCGAAUCGCCAACUCGAAGCCGAUACUAUCGUAGAUGUAUCUAUAGCUGAUGAGAAUGAUCUAAGUCCACUUUUUUAUCCGACGGAGUACGACACUUUAGUACCAGAAGACACACCCGUACAUUCCAGUAUAGCCCGUGUCACUGCAGAAGAUGCGGAUCUCGGUCUUAAUGGAGAAAUUUACUACAGUUUAGCCGAUCCUACUGACAGAUUUUCAGUUCACCCGACUAGUGGUAUAGUGACUAUUACGCGCUCUCUAUCAGCUGCCGAAAGUAAACGUCACGAAUUAACCGUAUUAGCUCGUGACCGUGCGUCAUUGCUCACACGGGGCGAAGACGCUCCCGCCGCUCGCGCCUCGCUUGUAGUACGAGUCGCUGAAGUCAAUUUACAUGCUCCAGAACUACAUGUUCGUCGCUUACCUGAACUUGUUGAAAAUUCUACUGCCGAGAUCUAUGCCAUCGUAGAAGUUAGUGAUCGUGAUUCGGGAGAGCAUGGUCGUAUAGCUAGUCUCGAAAUAGUUGACGGUGAUCCUGAUGGACAUUUUAGAGUGCGGCCUUCUCUACAACCUGGUGAAUUUGAUGUUGUCGUUCAUGCACUGCUCGAUCGUGAAAGUGCACCGCGUGGUUACAAUUUAACUCUUCGUGCCACAGAUGCCGGACACCCUUCGCGUUCAUCAUAUCUUACAUUGCCUGUAUUGCUAACUGAUGCCAAUGAUAAUGCGCCUGUUUUUAGUCGAGAAGUAUAUGAAGCCAGUAUUCCUGAAACUGUACCACCAAAUACUCCAGUAAUAAGACUUAAGGUUAGUGACCGUGAUGAAGGUAAUAAUGCUCGAGUCUAUAUAGAAAUAGUGGGUGGAAACGAAGGCGGCGAGUUCGUUGUUAAUCCUGACACUGGUGUACUUUAUACGGCUGUCCCGCUUGAUGCUGAGGAGAAGGCUCUUUACACCCUCACCGUAUCUGCUAUCGAUCAGGGUAAUGCCGGUACACGUAAACAAUCAUCGGCUAAAGUGAAAAUUACUGUUUUGGAUUCAAACGAUAAUGAUCCUAUUUUCGAACAAGAAGAAAUUAAAGUAACUAUUUCAGAAAACGGCGCUAGUGGUACGGUAGUGGCACGUGUUGUAGCAAAAGAUGCAGAUUCCGGUGAAAAUGCCUACAUAUCUUAUAGUAUUGCAAAUUUGCAAUUAGUACCCUUUGAAGUGGAUCAUUUUUCAGGUGCAGUACGUACGACACGAUUACUAGAUUAUGAAAACAUGCGUCGAGAAUAUACUCUUCGUAUUCGUGCCAGUGACUGGGGACUUCCCUACCGUCGUCAAGCUGAAAUGCGCCUAAUUGUACAGCUCAAGGAUGUUAAUGAUAAUCGACCUCAAUUUGAACGCGUUGAUUGUGUUGGUUACCUAUCACGGCGUACAUCGAUUGGAUUUGAAAUUGUCACACUGUCUGCUAUCGACUUUGACGCUGGCGAUGUUGUAUCAUAUCGUGUUGAUAGUGGUAAUGAAGAUAAUUGUUUCGCCUUGGAUUCUACCACAGGAGUAGUGAGCUUAUCGUGUGACUUAGGUGAUGUGCGUGCUGAAACAAGAGUCCUAAAUGUAUCAGCGACCGAUGGUACACACUUUUCUGAUUCAAUGUCUUUAACAUUACAUUUAGUUGGAGGAAGUGGUGGAGAAGCCACACCUUUGGAAUGUCGAGAUACUGGUGUAGCUAGAAGCUUGACUGAACUGCUUGCAGCUGCAGAACGCAGCAAUGCACCCAUUGAUUUUGCUGAUGAAUUUCCACUGGCACCAUCGAGGUAUGGAGAAAACUUACACGCACCAGAAUUUGUCGAUUUCCCAGUCGAAGUAAAAGUAAAUGAAUCAGUAAGUCUUGGUACUUCUCUUGUGAAAUUACGAGCCCGUGAUCGGGAUUUAGGUUACAAUGGAUUAUUGACAUACGGCAUAUCCGGCGGCGAUUCUGACUCUGCAUUUCGUAUCGAUCCAGAUACUGGCGAUCUUCAAGUGAUCGGUUACCUAGAUCGUGAACGUGAAAGUGAAUACUAUUUGAAUGUAACCGUAUACGAUUUAGGUACUCCACAACGGUCGGCAUCACGACUUUUACCCAUCACCGUUUUAGAUGUUAAUGACAACCGACCGCGCUUCGAAAAAACUCUUGCCAGUUUUCGAGUAACUGAAAAUGCUCUUAAUGGUACUUCAAUAUUCCGCGCAAACGCAACAGAUCGAGAUACAGGAGAGUUUGCUCACAUUAGAUAUAGUUUAAGUGGUACCGGUGAAGGAGAGAAUGAAUUUUGUGUGGAACAAGACACAGGAGUGUUGGCUGUGUGCGCACCAUUAGACCGAGAGCGUCGCGCACUCUAUGAGCUUACUAUUCGCGCUACAGACGGGGGCGGACUCUUCGCUGAAGCACUGGUACGGGUGACCGUAGACGAUGUCAAUGACAAUGCACCACGCUUCGGCCUGAGCGCGUACGGAGCCCGAGUGCGUGAGGAUGUGCCGGUGGGCACUUUGGUAGCAGUACUCGAGGCUUUCGAUCCGGAUCUCGGCGCAGGCGGCGUCGUGACCUACUCACUACCGGAUACUGAUGAAGUAGUGUUCACUGUUGAUGCCACAUCCGGCACUUUGCGUACUGCCAAACAACUGGACUUCGAAGAACGCCAGGUGUACGGAGUGACGGUACGCGCGACGGACGGCGGGCGGCCGGCGCUGUGGGCGGAGGCGGCGCUCAUCGUGGAGCUGGUGGACGUGGACGAGAACGCGCACGCGCCCGCCUUCGCAGACCACGCCGCGCUCGCCGGCGCCGUGCGCGAGGACGCGCUGCCCGGCGCCGUGGCGCUCGCCGCCGCCGCCACCGACGCCGACCCGCCCGGCCGCGACAGCCGCCUCGCCUACUACCUCGUCGGCGGCUCCGGCCUGGCGCACUUCUCCAUCGACGACGCAGGCAUAAUUCGAACGCUGACACCCCUAGACCGAGAGACAGUUCCCCACUACUGGUUGACGGUGUGCGCGCAGGAUCACGGGCUAGUUCCACGUCACUCCUGCGUACAGGUGUACAUCGAGGUGGAGGAUGUGAACGACAUGGCGCCGUGGCCGGAGCGCGCGUCGUACGCGGCGGCCGUGGCCGAGCACUGCGCGGCCGGCACGCGCGUGGCGCGCGUGGCCGCCGUCGACGGCGACGCCGCGCCGCGCCCCGCCGCGCUCGCCUACACCAUCGUCGCCGGCAACCCGGACGGCCUCUUCUCCAUCGACGAGCGCACCGGUGAAAUAGUAACGACCGGGCGCAGCUUGGACCGGGAGGCGGCCGCGUCGCACGCCCUCGAGGUGCAGUGCUCGGACGGUGAGCUGGCGACGACGGCGCGCGUCGUCGUACAGCUGCUGGACAUCAACGACCACGAGCCGGUGUUCACGCAGCGCUCCUACGAUAUCCGCGUGCCGGUACCGCCCGCAACCGCGCCCGCAGUGCCGCCCCGAGUCGACUCCCUACCGCAGGGCGACGCCGCGGCCCGCGACGACUCCAGCACCGAGUGGGAGGCCGAGGGCGACGCCGACGGCGACGGCGAGGACGACGGCGCGCGGAUCGCGUGGGACGUCCUCGACGAUUCCGAUCCAGGCGGUACCUACAUAGCGACGGUGGUGGCGCUGGACGCGGACGCGGGCGCCAACGGCACGGUGCGCUACAGUGCGCGCGCGCGCGGCCCGGCGCGCGGCCUGCUGCGCCUGCACGCCGCCUCGGGCCGCCUGCUGGCCGCGCCGCGCCUGCGCCUCGCGCCCGGCGACCUCUACGAGCUGGCGGUGCGCGCGUGCGACGGCGGCCCGCGGCCGCGCUGCCAGAAGGCGCGCGCCACCGUCCGCGCCGUGGAGGCGCCGACCGGCGGCGCGCCUCCCGCCGCCGCCGCCGUGCCGCCGCUGCAGGUGGCCGAGCUGGACGCGCCGGGCUUCCUGCUCACCGUCCUGCAAGCUACCGAUCCGGACGGCGACCGCCUCUACUACGACAUCAUCGAUGGCGAUGACGAGCACGAAUUCUACGUAGGACGCGAGGACGGCAGUCUGAUUCUAGCGCGUCGUCUGCUUUGGGAGCGACGGCCGCACUAUGUACUCAAUAUUUCCAUCACUGACGGAUUGCAUACUGUCUACGUGCCGGUGAACAUAACCGUGAUCAACGACGCAAACGAGGGCGGCGUGUCGUUCUCGCGCGACGAGUACGUCGUGGAGACGUCGGAGGCGCGGGCGGCGGGCGAGGCGCUGGCGACGCUGCAGGCGGCGGGCGCCGGCCGCCUGCUGUACGGGCUGCACGCGGCGCGCGCGCCCGCGUCCGCGCGGCUGUUCCGCCUGCACGAGCUCAGCGGCGUGCUCGAGCUCGCGCACGCGCUCGACCGGGAGAGCGCGGCCGUGCACGAGCUGACCGUGUGGGUGCGCGACCAGGCGCCGCGCGCGGCGCGGGCCUUCGCGCGCGUCACCGUGCGCGUGCACGACGACGACGAGCACGCGCCGGCGUGGGGCCGCCGCCUGGCCGAGGCGCGGCUGCCGCGCGCGGCGCCGGCCGGCGCGCUCGUGGCCGCGCUGCGCGCCGCCGACCGCGACGCGGGCGACGCGGCGCGCCUCGUGUACUCGCUGGCGGGCGGCGACGCGGACGGCGCCUUCGUCGUGGACGCGGCGCUGGGCGACGUGCGCCUGCGCGCGCUGCCGCCGGCCGGCCCGCGCGAGUACACGCUGCACGUGCGCGCCGCCAACCCGCCGCCGGCCGCGCGCUCCUCCACGCUGCCGCUGCACGUGCUCGUCGUCGACCCGGACGACGCGCCUCCCAGGUUCACUUCGAGCGAAGUAGUCUGUGAGGUGUACGAAAACGAGUCCGAGGGCAGCGUGCUGACUACGAUCGAGGCGCGCAGCGCCACGACUCUGUGGUACUCGCUCGAGGGUGGCGAAGGACUGUUUCGCCUCAAUCCCGCCGCGGGUCUACUAACUACUGCCGCGCCCCUGGACUACGAGACGAGGGAUUUUUACAAUUUGACCAUUGUCGCUUAUAAUAUGGGAGGUGGAACGGCUCGAGCCCAAGUAUCAGUACACGUGCUGGACCGAAACGAGUAUGCGCCUACGCUGAAGCGCCAAGAGUAUCGAGGCCGCAUCUCGGAGGCGGCGGCGGCGGGCGCGCUGGUGACGGACGCCGCCGCCGACGCCGAGCCCGGCGCGCCGCUCGUGCUCGCGGCCGACGACGCCGACUCGCCCGCCAACCAGCAGCGCGCCUACGAGAUCUUGGACCCGGCCGCCGCCGCCCACUUCCGCGUCGAUCCGACGACGGGCGCGUUACACAUCGCUACGCCUCUCGAUUUCGAACGAGCUCCCAGGCACGAAUUCACCGUCAGGGUCAUCGACAUGGGGACGCCGAGGCUGCCCUCCGACAGCGUCGCGAGAGUCAUCGUCGAGGUGAUAGACGUCAACGACUGCCCGCCCGCCUUCGACCGGGCGACGUACGAGGCGACCGUGCUCCUGCCGACGUCGAGCGGGGUGGUGGUGGCCCGGCUGGCCGCGAGCGACCCCGACCUGCCGCCGGGCGGCGCCGUCAAGUUCGACAUCAUGGAGGGCGACGAGGCGGGCGCGCUGGCGCUGGCGGCGGACGGCGCGCUGCGCGUGGCGCGGCCGGCCGCGCUGGCGGCGCUGGCGGCGCUGGCGGGCCGCCUGCGCCUGCGCGUGCGCGCGUCCGACGGCCAGUACUCGGCCACGGCGCGCGUCGACGUGCGCGUGCGCGACCUCGACGGCGCCGGCCUCGCCUUCCAGAAGUCCGACUACUAUGGCUCCGUGGUCGAGAACUCGACCAAGCCGACCACCAUCGCGGUGCUCAACGUGCUCGGCACGGCCCUCAACGAGCACGUCGAGUUCAGCAUACUCAAUCCGGUCGACGGUUUCGAGGUGGGCGCGACCUCCGGCGCGGUCCGCAGCACGGGGCUGGCGCUGGACCGCGAGCAGCGCGACUCGUACGACCUGGUGGUGGAGGCGCGCGGCGGCGACGGCGCGGCGCGGGUGGCGCGCGCGCGGCUGCACGUGGCCGUCACGGACGUCAACGACAACUGCCCCGUGUUCGUCGAGCGGCCCUACGUGGCGGCCGUGCUGGCCGGCGCCGAGCCCGGCACGCACGUGCUGCGAGUCCACGCCAUCGACGCCGAUGCGAACGACAACGGAGAAGUCCGAUACGAGAUGAAGCGCGGGCACGGAGAGCUGUUCCGAGUGGACCGCCGCAGCGGGCAGAUCUCGCUGAAGCAGACGGUGGACGCGCACAACCAGCUGUACACGCUCGUGAUCGCCGCGUUCGACGGAGGCGUGCCGGCGUGCGGCGCGGAGGCGCGCGUGGCGGUGCGCGUGUGGGGCGGCGGCGCGGCGCCGGCCUGGCAGCGCGCGCACUUCGAGCUGAGCGCGCGCGAGGACGCCGCGCCGGGCGCGCCGCUGGCGCCGCCGCUGCGCGCGCUGUCGCCGCUCGGCCGCCAGCUCAUCUACACGCUCGUGGACGACGACGCGGCCGCCUCGCUCUUCGAAAUUCACUUCGAAGCCGCACCCGAAAGAGGCAAUAGUCCAUGCGUACUCAUAGCUCGUUCGCCCCUGGACUACGAGACGGCGCGCGAGCACGCGCUGACGGUGCGCGCCACCGACGGCGUCACCGGCGCGUACGCCGACGCCGCCGUCACGCUGCGCGUGCUCGACGUCAACGACUGCGCGCCCGAGUUCCAGCAGGACGUGUACCGGGCCGCCGUCUCGGAGGCCGCCGCCGUCGGCGACCUCGUCGCCGCCGUCACCGCUACCGACAACGACACAGAAGCGAACGGCGAAGUGACUUACUCGCUGAGCGGCACCGGCGCAGGAGACGUCGACGCGUCGUUCGUCGUAGACCCGAAGACGGGUGACGUGCGCGUCGCCGCGCCGCUCGACAGCGAGACGCGCUCCGAGUACCACCUUCUGGUCACCGCGACCGACGGCGGCCGCCCGGCGCUGCUCACCACGGCGCACCUCUUCAUCACGGUGGAGGACGUGAACGACAGCCCGCCGCGUAUGGAGCGCGGCGUGGUGUCGGUGCUGGUGUCGGCGGAGGCGGCGCGCGGCACGGCGCUGGCGCGCGUGGCGGCGUGGGACCCGGACGCGCGCGACGCGCCGCGGCUGCGCUACGCGCUGGCCGGCGGCGGCGCCGCGCCGCCCGCGCUCGCCGUGCACCCGCGCACCGGCGUGCUGUCGCUCGCCAACACGCGCGCCUGGGCCGCCGCCGGCGCCGCGCCGCGCUCGCUCAACGUGUCCGUGUCGGACGGCGCCCACGCCGCGUUCGCGCGGGUCAAGCUCACCCUCGCCCCGGCCAACCGCUCGCCGCCCCGGUUCCCCCACCUCGUGCACGAGGCGCGAGCGCUCGAGAACCAGCCGCCGCCGCUUCUUCUGACCACGGUGAAGGCGUACGACGAGGACGGCGGCGAGUACGGCGCGGUGACGUACUCGAUCCCGUCGGCGCGGCUGCGCGAGACGUUCGCGGUGGACGCGACGAGCGGCGCGCUGACGGCGCGCGUGGCGCUGGACCGCGAGCGGCGCGCCGAGUGGCAGGUGCCGGUGACGGCCAGCGACGGCGGCGGCCUGCUGCGCCACACCACGGUGCGCGUGCGCGUGGUCGACGUGAACGACAACGCGCCCGUGUUCCCGCACCGCGAGUACCGCGCCGCCGUGCCGCACGACCGGCCGCCCGGCGCGCCGUUCCUCACGCUGACGGCGCACGACGCGGACGCCGGCGACCACGCGCGCCUCGUCUACUCGGUGUACGAGGGCGACCUGCACUCCGACGCCGCCGGCCUCUUCGCCGUCGACCCGCACACCGGCGCGCUCUCGUUCAAGCGCGACGCCUCCGCCUUCGCGUCGCGCGCGGUGCAGGCGUGGGUGCGCGCGCGCGACGGCGGCGGGCUGGCGGCCGAGGCGCCGGUGUCGGUGUUCGUGCUCGGCGCCGGCGAGCGCGCGCCGCGGCUGCGCGCGCCGCCGCCCGACGUCUUCCUGCCCGAGGACGCGCCGCCCGGCACGCUGCUGGCCGACCUGCACGCGCCCGCCGCCGACGGCGACCACGUCGCGGGCUACCGCCUCGCGCCGGGGCUGUGGCCGCGCGACCUGUUCUCCAUCGACGCGGCCGGCCGCCUCGUGCUCGCCGGCCAGCUCGACCGCGAGACCGCUCACGAACACGUCAUAGGCAUAAUAGCGGAGGGCGCGGGCAGCCCGGCGCCGGCGAGCAUGGUGCAGACGCGGCUGCACGUGCUGGACGUGAACGAGCACGCGCCCGCGUUCCACUCGCAGCCGUACGUGGUGCACGUGGCGGAGAACACGCCGCCGCACACCAGCCUGGUGCAGCUGAUGGCGGAGGACCCGGACGCGGGGUCGAACGGCGAGGUGCGGUUCUCGCUGGCGGCGGAGGGCGCGCCGUUCGCCGUGGACCCGUUCUCGGGCUGGGUGAGCACGCUGGCGGCGCUGGACCGCGAGGCGCGCGCCGAGCACCGCGUGCCGCUGCGCGCCGCCGACGCGGGCUCGCCGCGCCGCGACGCGCGCGGCACGCUGCUCGUGCGCCUCGUCGACUACAACGACUGCCCGCCCGCCUUCCAGCGCCGCCGCUACGACGCCGAGGUGUCGGAGGCGGCGGCGGCGGGCACGGUGGUGGCGCGGCUGCGCGUGACGGACGCGGACGCGGCGGGCGCGGCGCUGACCUUCUUCGUGGCGGACGGCGACCCGCGCGCGCGCUUCCAGCUGCGGCCGUCCGGCGAGCUGUUCGUGGCGCGAGCACUCGACCGCGAGCGCGAGCCGCACUACGCGCUCACCGUCGCCGCCACCGACGGCAAGUUCACCGCCACCACGCACGUCGCCGUCGCCGUGCGCGACGUCAACGACAACCCGCCGUACUGCCCGCGGCACCGCUACUACGCGCGCCUGCCCGAGGACGCGGCCAACGGCACGCGCGUCAUGCAGCUCGCCACCGCCGACGCGGACGAGCCGCAGGACGGCGGCCUGCGAUACUACCUCACCGGCGACAAUGCGCAUCACUUCGCCAUAAACAAGGAAAACGGAGUGGUGACGGUGGCCAGCGAGCUGGACCGCGAGUCGGUGAGCGCGUACAAGUUGUUGGCGCACGCGCAGGACCGCGAGCGACCCGAGUGGGAGUGCAGCUCCGAGCUGCAGCUCACGCUGGACGAUGUCAACGACAACGCUCCGCGAUUCUCCGCCGACACUUACAGUGUUACACUACCCGAGGAUGCAGAUAUCGGCACGCUGGUCGCUAAGGUUCACGCGACCGACGCUGAUAUCGGUGAGAAUCGACUGAUUCGAUACUCGUUCGAGGGAGAGACGAGCGGCGCGUUCGAGAUCGCGGCCGAGAGCGGCAUCAUCACGCUGCGCGCGCCGCUGGACCGCGAGACGCAGGCCGAGCACCGGCUGCUGGUGGCGGCGCGGGACGCCGGCCGGCCGCCGCGCUCCGCCACCGCCAGCGUGCGCCUCACCGUCGCCGACGUCAACGACAACCCGCCCGAGUUCGAGUUCCACCAGUACCGCGCCGUCGUGCCCGAGGUGGACGCGCCCGGCACCGAGGUCGUGCGCGUGCGCGCCACCUCUCAGGACGCGGGCGUCAACGCCGACGUCUACUACUCGCUCGUCGGCGGCGACGACCGCGACGACUUCGCCGUGGACCGCUCCACCGGCGCCGUCACCGUAGCUCGCCCGCUGGACUACGAGCGGCGGCGCGAGUACAUGCUCACCGUGCAGGCGAUAGACGGUGGUUCGCCGCCGCUGAGCGACCUCGCCGCUAUCAACAUCACCGUCUCCGACAGCAACGACAACGCGCCAGUUUUCUCUCAACCGUCGUACGGAGCUCGGGUGCGCGAGGACGCCACGGUGGGAGCACACGUGCUGCAAGUGAUCGCCGACGACGCCGACUCCGGUGUCAACGGCCGCGUCGCCUAUUCGAUUUUACGCGGCGAUCGGGACGGUCGCUUCUCGAUCGACGGCGACACGGGAUACCUGUCCGUUGCGGCUCCUCUGGACCGCGAAUCGACUCCCGCUUACGUGCUAGAAGUGCGUGCUCGAGACCGUGGUUUACCUUCCCUAGAAGCGACGGCCCUCGUCAACGUAGAGGUGGUAGAUGCGAACGACAACCCACCUUUGUUUUCACAGAGUAACUAUACGGCAGUAGUUCAAGAAGAUCGACCUCUCGGGCAUACGAUCCUCAAAUUCGCCGUCACAGAUGCUGAUGCACCUCCGAAUGCCGCUCCUUUUACCUUUGACUUUCAAUCUGGAAACGAAAUUGGUGCUUUCCGACUCGAACAAGAUGGUAUAUUGCGCUCAGCGACACGCUUCAAUCAUCGCAUCAGAGAUCGUUAUACGUUGCAGGUGCGAGUGUUCGACAACGGCACGCCACCUCUGUUUUCUGAUGCUUGGGUUUAUAUACGAGUGAUAGAAGAAUCUCAGUAUCCACCGGUAGUGACACCCCUGGAAAUUGUCGUUAAUUCGUACCUGGACGAGUUCCCCGGUGGCAAUAUUGGCCGCGUGAUCGCCUCGGACCGAGAUGCCUAUGAUACUCUUGUCUAUGAGAUAAAACCUGUCGACGGAGCUCCAUACCCUCCUACAGAUCUUUUCACAAUCGACGCUUCUGACGGCACUCUGCGAGCUGCGCCACGACUGGACGUAGGAGAAUAUCGUCUAAACAUCAGCGUAAACGAUGGCAGAUUCUAUGGUUUUGCAAUCGUUCGAGUUAAUGUUAUCCUCGUGUCGGAUGAAAUGCUCGCACAAGCAAUAGUCGUGCGGUUUCGUGAGGUCACCGAUCGUGAUUUUGUACUCAGUCAUCGAAAAGGUUUCGUGCGCGCCGUGGCCGAGGCUACCGACUGCGAAAGCACCGACGUCGUUAUCGUGAGCGUACAACCUUCCGGAGACGAAGUCGGCGACCAGGAGUCGAGUCGUGAAAAGCGACAAAUCGCGCAAGAUCUUGACGUAGCGUUCGCAGUUCGCGCGUCGUCUGGCAGCGGUGGAUUCCUUCCAGCGGAUGCGCUGCGGCGACGGCUCCACGCCCACAUCGAACGAUUAGAGGAGCGCGCUCGCUUAGUGGUGGAGGAGCUGGUGAGGGUGACGUGCGGCGGCUGCGUGCACGGCGCGUGCGGCGAGCGCGUGCGGCUGCGCGCCGCCGCCGUGCGCGCCGUCGCCACCGACGUGUUCGCGCUCGUCGCGCCGCCGCACCGCCUCGUCGGCGAGUGCGCCUGCAGCGAGGGCUUCGGCGGCGAGCGCUGCGACCGCGCGCUCGUCGCCGCCGACUGCGGCGACGGCUGCUGCGACUCCGGGGACUGCCGCGCACAGCCGCUGGUCGCGUACUUCGCCGGCGACGGCUACCUACAGUACCGCCUCGAGCGCGGCGUCGUCGACGGCGAGCGGACGCCUGACGACGUUCUCGCGAUAUCGCUCCGGUUCCGCACGCGGCGCGAGCGCGGGACGCUGCUGUACGCGGCCGGGCGCGUCGACUACGCGGUGCUCGAGGUGGCCGAGGGCUACCUGCAGUUCCGCAUGGAGCUCGGCUCGGGCCCGGCGCUGGUGCGCGCGAGCGUGCCGGUGGCGGACGGCGCGUGGCACGAGGCGCGGCUGGAGCGGCGCGGCGCCGCCAUGCGGCUCACCGUCGACCGGCGCAGCGCGCACGCGCAGACGCCGCCGCCCGCCGCCGUGCUGGACGCGCAGCCGCGCCUGCUGCUCGGCGCCGCGCUGCAGCGCCACUCGCACGCCCUGGCUCCCGAACAGGUGACGUACGGCUUCCACGGCUGCAUGUGGGACGUGCGGCUGGGCGGCGCGAGCGGCGCGGCGCUGCCGCUGGAGGAGGGCGGCACGUCGGGCGACGGGCGCGCGCAGCUCGUGCGGCGCGUGCGCGCGCGCCUGGCGGCCGCGUGCCCGCCGCUGCCGCCGCCCACGCCGUGCGCCUCGUACCCGUGCCUCAACGGCGGCACGUGCCGCGACACGCCGCCGCUGCUCGAGAGCGAGGCCGACGACGCGGCCGAGGGCUACUCGUGCGAGUGCCACGCGCGCUUCGCGGGCGCGCGCUGCGAGCUGGACUCGGACCCGUGCGCGGCGCAGCCCUGCCUGCACGGCGGCGCCUGCGUCGCGCUGGGCGGCGGCUUCCGCUGCAGCUGCGCCGCCGGCCUGAGCGGCGAGCGCUGCGAGCGCGGCCGCUGGUGCGCGGCCGGCGCCUGCCUGCACGGCGGCGCCUGCGAGGAGGGCGAGUGGGCGCCGUCGUGCCGCUGCCGCGGCUACUACGGCCCGCGCUGCCAGUACGACGUCGACGAGUGCGCCGGCGAGCCCUGCCUCAACGGCGCCACCUGCCUCAACGAGCCGGGCUCCUUCCGGUGUCUCUGUCCUCCGGAUAAGACCGGCAUGAACUGCGGCAACCCGCUGUACUCGGACGCGGUGGUGGCGGGCGGCGCGGGCGGCGGCGGCGCGCGGGCGCUGCGAGACGCGUGGCUGUGGGCGUGCGCGGCGCGCUGGCCGCUGGCGGCGCUGGGCGGCGUGCUGCUGGCGCUGCUGCUGCUGGCCGUGGCGCUGCCGCUGGCGCUGCGCCGCCGCGCGCGCGCCCGCGCCGGCCGGCGCGCCGCCGCCGCGCCGCCGCACAAGCUCGGCGCGCCGCCGCCGCCGCGCUCCAAGCUCUCCAACCUGGAGGCGGUGGCGGGGCGCGAGCGGCCCGCCUCGUGCGCCGACCCGCCGCCGCUCAACAACGUCGACACGCUGCGCAGCUACGGCUCGGCCGGCGACGAGCUCGAGGGCAUCCCGCCCGACUACCGCCGCAACCUCAACAUCGACCCCGCGCACGACCGCAAGCCCUGGUCCGAGCAGAUGCACCUGCACACCUUCGUCGACAAUAAGAUAUAUAAUGAUUUAAAAGGAUGUAAGAGUCGUCCUCGAGCGCGAUCCCCGGGCCCCCUCCGUCGGCCUGUGGCCGUGGGCGUGGGCGGUGGCGGUGGCGGGGGUGACCUAGUGGGCGGCUACCACUGGGACUGCUCGGACUGGUGCGGCGGCGGCGGCGCGCUGCCCGGCAUCAGCGAGGUGCCGGGCUCCGAGCGGCCGGACUCGUCGUCGCCGCCGUCGCCGCCGUCGCCGCCGUCGUCGUCGCCGCGCCGCUCGCAGCGCCCCGCGCGGCCGCCGCCCGCGCCGCGCCCGCGCCCGCCGCCGCUCGACACCGACUCCGCGCCCGACGACCUCGACCUCGACCUCGACCAAAACUGCGACUCCAUACAUUUUCCCGAUGCGUCGGCGUACCUGCUGCACCCCGACGAGUACCUGCCGCGCGCGGCCGCCGAGCCGCUGCGCGCGCGCGGCCUGCGCGAGCCGGACGCCGCCAGCCUCAUCACCAUGCUCGAAGAGCGGAACUCGCUCCUAGGCGGCGCGGACGCGGGCUCGUGCAGCGACCUGUCCACGAACCUGUGCGAGAUCGAGGAGUCGGAGGCGGAGGAGGAGGCGCCGCCGCCGCCGCUGCCGCCGCUGCCGCCGCCGCCGCCGCCGGCGCCGCCGCGGCAGACCGACGUGUGACGGCGGCGCGCGGCCCGCGAGCCGCCCCGCCCCGCGCCCCGCGGCCUCUAGCCGCACCGACUGAUUAGUCAUUAGCGUGUAUAUGAGUACGCCGCCGACCGCCCGCGACGGCUCCCGAUGUCUUUGAACGAGUACCUGGACCAUGUAAAUACGGCGUGCGAGUGCGAUUGUUGUUAGUUUCUUUAGAUUAGAGCGGGCGCCGCUGCCGGUGUGAAUGUUCCCCGUGUGCCCGUCGACUGUGUGGCAGGUGUGCGUGAGGAACACCACGACAGUAUGUAACACGAAGUACCUAUUACGAGUAUAUAUUAAUAUUAUUAUUUUUAUGUACCGAAGCCGCCGUACACGCGCCGAUCUCAGUAAACAGAUAGUUAACAGUUAUGACACCGCGUGGGCUGGCGCCGCGCACGGGAUGCGGCAUCCUGCGAGUGGACUGUUGUUACUUCCCUGUUCGAAUCGACUCGGUCACUUUCUUACAACUAUUUCAUUUUAUAAAAACAAAUAUUUCUUAAAGUAAUGAAAUGGCUACAAUGUAUAAACGUUAAUACAAUAAAGCGACGUGGCGCUGUCGACAUGCACUUGUCGACAUGUAGGCACCCACUUGUAUAUCAAAUAGAUACAAUUUCGAUCCGUGUACAAUGUGUUAGAUAUUUAAAUAUAAAGGAAUAAAUACCGCUGUAAGUCUAACUGAAAUGUAAAUAAUUAGUAUGUACGUGCGUACCGUAAAUCCUUGUCACACAAUUUUUGUAUUAAAAAUAUAUGUAUUUUAAUUGUACAGAAAAUGUUGGCAUUACCUUCUUAUAUGGUGUUUAAAAUAAAAACACGUCAUGUGUGAGCCGAACCACAUAAAUACAAUACUUAAAAUGGCAAACAAGCUGACGGCCCACCUGAUGGAAUGUGGUAACCGUCGCCUAUAGACAUGAGCAGUAGCAUGGACAUAACAGAGUAUACUGUUUCGCCCAUGAUACCCCCCAUGCGUUGCCAUUCCUGAGGACUGACAUACAAUGCCCUAUAUUGCGUUUCCCGUACGAAACAGAUACCUGAUAGUUAUUAUUAUUGAUAUUAUGAUUCGUUAUUUCUUAUUUUGGAUCAUAAUUAUAAACAUCAUUUACAAAAUGUCCAAACGAAGCCCUUCCAUAUGACAUUCCACUUGGACUAAUGGUCAAUUAUAAAAUGCACAGUGCUUUUUUGCUAGGCGGUAGCAAUUGUUUUUUUUUUUUUUUUUUUUUUUUUUUUUUUUUUUUUUAAACACCAUAUAAUUUGUAAUCUUAUCAAAUUACCUGAUACGCGGAGGUUUUCGUUAAAUUUAAGGACUUUAAAGCUCACUGUCUUUUGUAUAUAAGUGUAUAGCAAUAUUGUAAAGUAUUACUCCCGACAGUGGCGUGCGCUCUGCACUCUGCCUGUUCACUUUCCAAUCUGAUCGUCACAUUCUUGUUAUGUUACUAUGAUUCACAUGAGCACAUCAAAUGGUUUGUGAGGAAGUGUUAUUAAAGUAUAAACAUUUCAAGUGUAAUCACACUGACUGGUCAUUAUCACUGCUUACGGAAUUACUUUGCAGAAAUUAUUGAGGUGUUACCUCACAUUAUUGGAUUCAGAUAAAAAAAUCUGUUGACGGUCAUCAGUAUUACGUUCUGAUACAUACGUAAGGAUUAAAAGAUUUGUUUUUUUUUUAUUUAAAUUGUUAAAAUAAUGCGUACAUACUGUUUACUUUAAUUUUUUUUUAAUUUUAUUUUAUUGUCCGUAAUUAACAACAAUUAUUGUAACUAAUUAAAAACUUAUUUCUACUUUUUUUUUUAUUGCUACACAAAAUAUUUGAAUGUAAAGUAGUAACGGAUCUCAUUUGUGAGUGUGUGUUACUCAGUGUGAAGCACGUAGGUUCAGGUGGGCCGAGUGCCAAUCUGCCGUUAGCGAUCUAGUGGCAAUCAUUUCAAGUGUAUGUACAUGUAAAUAAUUAUUGUUGAAUGUACAUUCAAAGAUUGCCGCCUGGCUGCCGAGCGGCCAGCUGGCGUCUGACGCGGCACACGCGGCACGCAACCGCUAGCAGCCACGCAUUACUACACGUACGCUGGUAGUGUAGCCACGCGUCGCACGUGCACGUGCACGUGCACGCGAACACGCACACGCACACGCACGCACACGCGUGCACGUGACGUGUAUAAUGUGCCGCCGGGUGUUGUUAUUAUAAAUUAUAAUGGUGCUCUGACUGUAGGUUCAUAUCAUAACUUUAAACUAUGCAUUUAUAUAAAUUAUGUAAUAAAUAAAUAAUAUUAAUAGUAAAUAACUUCUUUUUAGAAUAGAAAUUAAUUAAGUAAUCUAUUUUUAUAUGUAUAAAAAAAUUUCGGCGAUAUGAUGUAACUGGGUACAGCUCGUGUCCAGUGUAUAGUGUACAAUGUACACACUCCCCUGCUGUGUGAGUCCUGCAAGUGAGGGACGACACCAGUGUGUCGGCGGCGUGGCGUCGCACCCGGUUGCAUCGUAUCGUACUCGGCGACCGCGUCGUGAUGUAUCCUGUCUGUACGUCUGUACUCCUCUCGAUAUCUACAUGACGACCAAACAAACGUUAUUACAAUGACAACAAUGCAUUUUUUUUUUUUUUUAUUUAUAAAAUAUAAAUUAUUUGUAAUUACAUAAAGGUUGUCUAAGUUUUGACACGAACCUAAUAAAUUUUUAAUAAAAUCA